CCGCUGCCCCUGGGCUUCCCCUACACCGUCAACCCCUACUUCCACACAGGCGCCAUCGGGGGACUCUUCACGGAUGGGGAAGAGGCCACUGCCCCCGAGGACGUCAGCAAGUGGACAGUGGACGACGUCUGCAGCUUCGUGGGGGGCCUGUCUGGCUGUGGAGAGUACACUAGGGUCUUCCGAGAACAGGGGAUUGAUGGCGAGACCCUGCCACUGCUGACCGAAGAGCACCUGCUGACCACCAUGGGGCUUAAGCUGGGGCCUGCCCUCAAAAUCCGUGCCCAGGUGGCCAGGCGCCUGGGCCGCGUCUUCUACAUGGCCAGCUUCCCCGUGGCCCUGCCGCUGCAGCCGCCAACGCUGCGGGCCUCAGAGCAGGAACUCGGCACCGGAGAGCAGCCCCUGUCCCCGGCAGCAGCCACCUCCCCCUUCGGUGGGGGUCACGCCCCUGCCAGCCGAGCCUCACCCAAGCAGGAGAACGGGACCUUGGCUCUGCUCCCAGGGGCCCCCGACCCCUCCCAGCCUCUAUGCUGAGCUGGCUGGUGGGCUGCCCACUCCCAGGCUCCGUUCGAGGUUCCAGGCCCUCACCCCACUUAGUUCUCCGUUUGGUUUUAAUGCAAAAAGGUUUUAAAAGGAAAAUGUGAGCCAAGGGGAAGGGAGCCAGUUUCCAGAGACUUCUUGGGGUGCCUGCAGAGCCCGGGGCUGCUGAGAUCUGCAGCCCAGCCGAAGACAGAGGUGGCUGAGGAAGGGAGAGGGCCGCAGCCUUCCCGGCAGCCGGGGCUGUUUCCACAUGGGGCUGUUUCCACAUGCUGCCGUCAGGGCCAGCCGCCCCUGGGGGCUGAGCUCGCUCCGCCCCCCCGCUGCAGGACUGGGCAGCAGGCAGGCCCGCGUGGUCCCGUCCCCAGCGGCUGUGCCAGGGACCAGCACAGCUCACGACAUGUUUGGUCUUUCAUGCUGUAAAAAUAAAGCCUGUCCACCUUC